AUGCCUUUCCCGCUCCUCUCGAAGGAGCCGAUACCCGGCCUAUCGCUCUCGGCGGCAGGGCUCGUCGCCCUCGCGGACCUCCACACGGUCGCGAACCGCACCGCGCUCAAGGGGACGUCGUCCUGGUUGGACGCCCUCGUCCUCGCACCGGGCCUGCACUACCAACAGGCGGCCGACGGCGUCGCGGGGGACAGCGGCGGCGGCGGCGGCGGCGGCGGUGUUGCUGCGGCGACGUUCGGGACCGGCGGGACCGGCGGGAACGGGAGCGCCGCCGGCAUCUUCGGCACACAAGCGCUCCCCGGCGGCAGACGGAGGGACGUCAGGGUAACGAACCCGGGGCUGCUGCUCUUCCUCUCGAGGCUGGGCGUGCGGGAAGAGGAGACCGAGAAGAAGAAGAGGGGGAGGAGGAGGAGGGGUAGCAAGCAGGCCGAAGGGGGCGAGGCCGAGGAGGCGUUUGGUAUCCGUGCCGUGUGUGGGGCCGGAUGCGGAGCAGGGGCCGGCGAGAAAAAGAAGAAGAUCAUCACGCUCGACGUCGGAACGCUCGGCGACCGAAGGCGGAGACGGGGCCGGGUUUUCGCUCACGACGCGGGCUGGGAGUUCGAGCGGGGGAGCCACCUGCUCUACCUCGCGAGCCCGGCGCUUACCCUCGCGGCGUUGACGAUUGUGGUGUUGCUGGGCGACUGGUGGGCUCUCGCGUCGAUCCUGGCCCUCAUCACCUCCCGCCUCCUCAACAUCUACAUCAUCAAGCAACGCACCUCUCCCCCUCCGGCAUAUCCGCCGCCGUUCCCUGCAGAAGCAGCAGCAGCAGCAGCGACGACGACGAGAACAACCCCGUCCUCCUCCCCUCCCCCCAAACUCGCCGAGUACAUCAUCCCGCUCGCCCCGACCCUCAAAAUCCGCUUGCGCGGCCCGGAACUCGCCCUCGCCGCCCUCACCACCGACGCCCCGAUGCGGCCCAAGACCACCGCGCAGAACUACCUCGAGGCCGCGGCCAAGCUGGCCGUGUACACGGUCGCCGUCCUCGGCGGCAACGUCUCGCAGGCCGGGAACCUCGUGCUCCUGGUGCUGCUGCUGGGCAGCGCGGGCCUGCUGGGGCUGAGCAACGGGUUCGUCAGGGGCGUCGGCGCGAGCGGGGGCCGCGUCGUCGCGAGGGUGCGGGACGGGGAGGUGGCGGUGGCGGUGGCGGACGGGACGGCACGCGGUGGACGAGAGGGCGAGGGGGAAGACGAGGAGAGGGCGGUCGAUAGCGCGGACUGGGAUGUGCAGGUGGGAAGGGUGAUUCGGGAUCCGUACCCUUUCGAGGAGGGCGUGGAGUAUUCGUAG